UGCAAAAAAAUUUCUAGUGCUGCCGAUUAUGAAAAACUAUAUGACAGCUCAUUAAAAACAGGUGAGAAUUGGAUAAUUGUCACCAAAUCAUUAGUAAAUGAAAAUCAAAUCGACAUGAUGGAAAAAUACAGUGAACAGACUAAGAAAUAUUUAAAAAGAUUUCAUGUUAAUGAAUUUGAAAUCAUUGAUCAUCUAAAAGAACUGUAUUUCGAUGAAUAUGCAAUGUCUAUAAAAAUAAAAUUUCCUGAAAAGGAAUUGUUUUUAUGUUUUAUGAAUCAUAAAACAAAAAUUUUUAAACGCAUAGUUAUUGAGCAAAAUUAUCAAGAAUGGCUUACUUACGCGUCAACUCUGAUUGGAUGA